AUGGGCGAUGAAAGCGACUACUUCACUAAAGCCAUGCGAAUUAACAUCCCUGGGAGAAUAUCAGAACAGAAGUGCGAAAUGACCAUAUGGAGUUGGCGCAUAAACAUGAAACAAGAGCUAGGGAUUAGGAACCCCAUAACGGCCAAAGGUAGGGUUGGUGAGUUGCCUGCAUUGGCCAACAGUGGAAUAAGGAUAUCGCAUGAAGAUGCCGGUCAGACGUCGGGCAGUGUACCAAUCCGACGACCCGACAGUAGGAAUUAUCGUGAUUAUCGUAAUGGAUUCAGAACUAGGCAACUCACUGAAGCCCAACUUUGGAAAACCGAAUGCAAAGCAAUUACAAAAUACAACCGGUAG